AUGCCUGUAGCAGUACGACGAAAAAAAAAUAGUUCAAGCGAAUCGAGUAAUGGUUCAUCAGCAUCGUCAUCAGAUGAUGAAGAUAUUUCAUUAUCAAAAUUCUCAAGAUCAACAACAAAUAAAACCAAUGAAUUAACACUUAAAGAUGAUGAAGAUACAAUGGGUUUUCAAGCACCAUUACCUGAAUAUGAAGAAGAACAAGGGGAGUCAGAUGAUGAUCGAAGAACUUUAUCGAGAGUCAUAGAAUCAUCAGCAUCAGGAAUAAUUGGAAACGAUAAAAAACGACAAUUAGAAAAGAAAAAACGAAAAAGAAUGUAUUUUAUUUGUGUAUCUAUGUGCAAAUAUGAAUGUGUACGACGAGCAGCAAAACGACUUCAUUUUCGUGAAGUUUCUGAUGAAGAAGAUUGGAAUGUUUAUUGGACUGAUACAAGUGUUGGAAUUGAAAGAGUUGCACAAAUGAAAAAAUGGCAGAAAAUAAAUCAUUUUCCUGGUAUGAGUGAAAUAUGUCGAAAAGAUUCCUUAACAAGAAACAUGUCAAGGAUGGUUAAAAUGUUUCCAAAAGAAUAUGCGUUUUAUCCAAAAGCAUGGUGUCUUCCAGCUGAUUAUUGUGAUUUUGCUAAAUAUUGUGCAGAGAAAAAGUGUAAAACAUUUAUUUCUAAACCUGAUGUUGGUUGUCAAGGUCGAGGAAUAUUUUUAACAAAAAAUCCUUCGAGAGAUAUUAAACCAAGUGAUAAUUUUGUUGUUCAAGUAUAUGUUAAUCGACCAUUUUUAGUUGAUGGGUAUAAAUUUGAUCUUCGUGUAUAUGUUGCUGUAACAGCCUGUGAUCCAUUUCGAGUCUUUGUUUAUAAAGAUGGUCUAGCCCGUUUUACAACUCAACAUUAUGAAGAACCAUCAAAUACAAAUUGUAAAGAUAUUUUUAUGCAUUUAACAAAUUAUGCUAUUCAAAAACGUUCCGAUGAUUUUAUUCGUGAUGAAGAUACUGGUACUAAACGUCGUAUAACAACAAUUAAUCGUUGGUUGAUUGAACAUGGUUAUGAUAUAGUCAAACUAUGGGCAGAGAUUGAUGAUGUUAUUAUAAAAGUUCUCAUAUCAGCUCAUCCUAUUCUUAAACAUAAUUAUCGUGCUUGUUUUCCUAAUCACUAUCGUGGCAGUGCUUGUUUUGAAAUUCUUGGCUUUGAUAUAUUACUGGAUAAAAAACUUAAACCAUAUGUUCUCGAAGUAAAUCAUUCUCCAAGUUUUACAACAGACUCAAAAUUAGAUCGUGAAAUAAAAGAUGCACUUAUAUAUGAUACUCUACUUUUAUUAAAUAUGCCUGCGGCUGAUAAACGACGAUUUCUUGAAGAAGAAAAAAAACGUGUUAAAGACAGACUUUUUCAACGAACAAAUAAAAAAGAUAAUAAAUAUCGUGAAGAACAAGAAGAUCUUGCUCAACAAUGGCAAAAAGAAAUUGAAAAAUGGGAAGAUGAUCAUAUAGGAAAUUACCGAAGAAUUUAUCCAACACCUGAAACAAUAGUAAAAUAUCAAAAAUUUUUUACACAAUCAGGUACACUUUAUUCAGAAACAGCAGCUUCAAAAGCAAGAAUUGAACAAGCAAAAGCACAAAUGGAUGAAUUACAAAAAAAACAAGAUAAAUUAAAUUCAUUUAAAAAUAGUAAAUUAACUUCAAAUAUAGUUGCAAAUGUUUCAAAAGAAAUGUUUGGUGAAAGUUCAACAAAAAGAUCAUUACCUAUAAUUAAAUCAUCUAGAAGUUCAUCAUUUCAUCGAACACCUUUAAAACGUCUUACAACUACUGUUAACAUUGCAACUCCACCAACUCAAUCGUUUGGUGAUUCAACAAAACCUAUUGAUAUUGAGGAAACUGAAGAAUUAGAACGAAUGUUAUCACUUAAACAUCGAGAAACACUUAUUCGAGGAAUGGGUAUUGUUGAUAUGUGUCAUCGAAUGUUAUUUGGUACACCAGGUACAAUGGCUAAUUUACAAUUGAAAAGUAAUGGAAUUGGGCCAUUACAUGGACAACAUCAGAGUACGACUCAAAUUGAUGUAAAUGAUCUAUCACAAAAUUUGUCUCUUCUUCAAUAUGUUGGUUCAAAACUUCCUAAUGCUCAUUUAAGUCGACAUCAUACAAAUAAUACAACAUCAGCUCAAGCACUUCAACAAUAUUUUAGCAAUCAACAACAUCAAUUACAACCAAAAUAUGAAGUUCGUGCAACACGAAAUGUACAUAUAUUUGAUGAAAAACUUGGCAAUAUAAAUCCAUCUCAAAAUGGAUCACGAAAUGGUCGUUAUCAACAAACAAUACGUUCACCAGAUCCAUCAAAUCGUUUUUUUGUUCAAACAAAUAUAAUGCCACAAAUAGCAGCUAAUAUUUUACCUAAUCCAAAUAUUGCUACAACAAAUUCAUCACUUGAUUUAUCAAUAAGAACUAAAAGUGCAACUGGAAUGGCACGACAACGUACAGGUCUGUUAAGUUAA